CCCCACUAGCUGCUAACGUGCGCCAUUCCUCCACUCUUCGUGAAUGGCGACCUCUCUUCAACUUUGUCGCUUCUGCUUCGGCACCGGCAUCUUUGGCCCCGACACUCCCGCCGGAAGAUGCGUAGCACUUCCUUUCAGGAAGUCUCUCUCCGUCAGAUGUUCCGGGGACUCCUCUGCUUCUGUCGCUGUGGAUUCCGACAAUUUUGAUGCCAAGGUGUUUAGGCAUAACUUGACUAGGAGCAAGAACUAUAACCGGAAGGGAUUCGGUCACAAGGAGGAGACUCUUGAGCUCAUGAAUCGGGAGUACACCAGUGAUAUCAUUAAGAAGUUGAAGGAAAAUGGGAAUGUGUAUACAUGGGGAAAUACUACUGUGAAAUUGGCAGAAGCAUAUGGUUUCUGCUGGGGGGUUGAGCGGGCCGUCCAGAUUGCCUACGAGGCAAGAAAGCAAUUUCCAGACGAGAGAAUUUGGGUUACCAAUGAAAUUAUUCACAACCCAACCGUUAAUAAGCGUUUGGAGGAGAUGGAAGUUAAAAACAUUCCUAUUGAGGAAGGGAACAAGCAGUUUGAUGUUGUAGAUAAGGGUGACGUUGUGAUUUUGCCUGCUUUUGGAGCUGCAGUUGAUGAGAUGUUGGCUUUGAACAACAAAAAUGUACAAAUUGUUGAUACAACAUGUCCAUGGGUAUCUAAGGUUUGGAAUAUGGUGGAGAAGCACAAAAAGGGUGAUUAUACUUCAAUAAUCCAUGGUAAAUAUGCUCAUGAGGAAACAAUAGCAACUGCAUCUUUUGCUGGAAUAUACAUAAUUGUGAAGAAUAUGGUGGAGGCAACAUAUGUCUGUGAUUACAUUCUUGGAGGUGAACUCAAUGGAUCUAGUUCAACAAAAGAGGAAUUUCUGGAGAAAUUUAAGUGUGCAGUUUCCAAGGGAUUUGAUCCAGAUCGGGACCUGGUAAAAGUGGGCAUUGCAAAUCAAACUACAAUGCUAAAGGGAGAAACAGAAGAGAUUGGAAAAUUAGUGGAGAGGACCAUGAUGAGGAAGUAUGGAGUGGAAAAUGUCAAUGAGCAUUUCAUUAGUUUCAAUACGAUUUGUGAUGCGACUCAAGAGAGACAAGAUGCAAUGUAUAAGUUGGUUGAGGAAGAUCUAGAUCUUAUGUUAGUAGUUGGCGGGUGGAACUCAAGUAACACAUCCCACCUUCAAGAGAUUGCAGAGGAUCGUGGGAUCCCCUCAUAUUGGAUUGAUAGCGAGCAGAGAAUAGGUCCUGGAAACAAAAUAGCUCAUAAGUUGAAUCAUGGGGAGCUGGUCGAGAAAGAAAAUUGGCUGCCAGAGGGUCCCAUUACAAUUGGCGUAACAUCUGGUGCCUCAACACCGGACAAGGUUGUUGAGGAUGUACUCGUUAAGGUAUUUGACAUUAAACGUGAAGAAACCCUGCAACUGGCAUGACUUUAGAUUCACACAGAAGCACCAACAAUCAACGCCAGUGUGUUUUGCUAUUCAGGCAAUGUAUAAUUAAAACAAAUACAUAGCUUUUAAUUUUAAUGUUGCAUCAUGAUACGUUGAUUGUUAUGGCUUGGAAGUUACUUGUUUUCCUAGUAUAUACAAGCAUGUAUUUAGCCAAGUAAAAACUAACACCAAAU